AUGGCCUACCAAGACCAAGUCGAUGCGCUUGCCAAGGACCGACUCUUUCUGCAGCGUAACAGUCCGAGUUCUGACCACAAGCGGAUCCUCGAGAACAAUGAAGACAACCAGCACGCUCAGAGUGACCAGGCUACCCCUCUGGCUGCCUCUGCCAGGCAGCGGAAGCUUCUGCAGACCACCCUUGUCACAGAGUUUCUCAAGCCCGCUGCUAUUUCCGAAUACCUUCAGGGCAACCAUAAGCGCCAGAAUGCUGACGACGACAAGGACGUCGACUAUCCCCUGACCAUUACCGAUCCCAACUGGCAGUGGGGCAACCCCACGACCAUUGUAACCUCUAGCAACCGAGACAAGACAGUCACGCUUCUUUAUUUCACCAGCACCACCUUGGAGUGGCAUCGUCCUCACAGUGUUGAUGGUCCAAGGACGAUCACAACGACCACAACCGUUACCGAAGGCACCGUCACAAACCAGCCCGUGACUUCCCUCGUGGAUACCUUUAGAACCUCCGAGGAGCAUGAGGUGUCCACUGUCGUUGAGACCAUUAUCAAGACUGCAACUGCCCCUGCCUCUAGGUCGAUCGCUGAACCUGCAGCCACCAGUGCUGCCGCUGCAGAGGCGAAGGACAAGGUCGAAACCAAGCACGUCGUGAUCAUCAUCGCUGCCGUCGGCGUCUUCGCGCUUUUUCUCUUCAUGAUGGCCAUAGUCGUGCCUCGCCUCAAGCGUUGCUACAAGAGAAGAAAGGCUAACAAUGAAGUCAUUGAGCUUUGCCAAAACUAUGUCAGCACCCAGCGGAACUGGAACGAGGAAAAUCGCAACAAAGACGAGCAGCCGCCUUUUACAGGUACUCCCGUUCCCGCCACGGAUACAGUUGCCCAGCGCGGUCCCUACGAUUACCCCAUGCGGUAUGCGGCCGACCCCGCUGCCGGUUUUCCGGCCGAAUUGCACCAUCAGGGCAGCCAGCACGGCUCAGGCGGAAUCCAGGAAGCCCGGGCAUACCACGAGACGUCCAUUCCCGCUUCGAGCCACGACGAGUAUUCGCAUCCUGUCAACGGCCAACAGAAAUAUCCGGUGGAGCUUCCAAGCAAUGGAACUGAUGUCUCCGCGCGUACAUAG